UCCUCCAAAGCAACCCUCGUUUUACAGGUACUCUCUCAGAGGCUGCUCAUUUUAUAUUCGAAGUCCCCAAGAAAAUUUGAGGGCAGCCUUGUCCUGGCUUUUGGGGUUUGAGCCAACUGUAACUCAGUCUCUCUCUCUCUCUCCUUCUCUCCCUUUGUUUUCCUCUCUUUUACUUUCAUUUUCUUUUGUCUUUUUUUUGCCUCGAUUUUGUGUUGUUUGUUCUUGAGAAGGGAAAAAAGAAGAGAGAUAAUUAUACGGAGAUGACUGGGGCUCCAGAAGGUGAAAGUGUUACUCUCGAUCUUCUCAAGAAAAAGAUGACUGAGUUCGCCAAGGAAAGAGAUUGGGAGCAGUUCCACAGCCCGAGAAACCUCCUCCUGGCUCUGGUGGGUGAAGUUGGAGAACUCUCUGAGAUAUUCCAGUGGAAAGGAGAGGUUCCGAAGGGACUGCCUGAUUGGAAAGAGGAGGAGAAAGUGCACCUGGGUGAAGAGCUUUCAGAUGUUCUGCUCUAUCUUGUCCAGCUCUCCGAUAUCUGCGGCAUUGAUCUCGGCAAGGCUGCACUCAGAAAGGUAGAACUUAACGCUGUCAAAUACGCAGUUUCGAAGAAGAAAAGCCAGACCAGCAUCACAUGCACCGACAAUAAUGUCACCGGGAGCUGUUGAUUUUCUGUGUAUCAAAAACACCCACACACACAUAUAUAUAGCUGUAUGGGUGUUUUAGGUGCGGUAGGGUUUCAUGAUGCUAAAAGACUGAGGAUAGACCUAAAAAGCAAGGGUUUUCAAGUUUCACUGCAUGGAGACUAAUGUAUAUGGGUGGCGCGUUUGGCAUUUAUUCUCAGCUUUUUUUUACUGUUUUGGCCGAGUGAAUCGAAUCCCAUCUGACCAAUGAGAUAUCUAUGGCAGUGAUAUAUUAUAUAUAUCCAUAUAUAUUCACGUUUUUCUUGA